UUAGUGCUGAACGGGCUGAACCAAACAAAAUAAAAUCCGUAUUUCACUCAUCAUAAUUUAGCAUAAAAUCCAGACACCAUGAAGCCCACAGGCGACAUAGACUCGCUCCGCACCGAGCACGAGUCCGAUGAGCAAUGGACAGUGCGGCGGAACUUCAUGCUCGAACAUAAAGAUGAUUUUGGAGAAGACGAGUUGAUCACGUUGGCUCAACUCUUUACCAAUAUCGAGUUCCUGGGAUGCAGAUACCCACCCGAGACGAUGAAGAGGAUAGCCAUGCUUUCGGAGAAGGUGGCCUCCAACUACCGGGACAGCCGUAAGAACAAGCUGAAGCGGACAUUUGUGCAAGCCAGCAGCGCUGCCGAGCAAAAGGCUAAGAGGACCUUCAAAUAAAUGUGACAUAUAUAGUACGUAUUUUUUGGCAUUAGAAAAAAGGUAAACAAUCUUGACAUGUCUUUUAAUUGAAAAACACGUUUUAAAAAUAAAUCACGUCAAAUAUGUAACAAUUAUGAAUCUAAUCUCAUCUUCUUCCUCGCAUUAUCCCGACAUUUUGCCAAGGCUCUUGGAAGCCUGGUGUCCGCUUGACAACUAAUCCCAAAAAUUGACAUAGGCACCAAGUUUUUACGAAAGUGACUGCCAUCUGACCUUCCAACCCAGAGGGGAAACUAGGCCUUACAACAACAAUUAUGAAUCGAAUACGAUCAUUUAUAUUCUUCUGUUUUCAUAAGUAAUAGUUACUGAUUUAUAAAAAGCGUUUUUCAAUUACAAGGCAUGUCAAGAUUGCUUACCUUCUUUCUAAUGCUAAAAAAACGAACUAUAGUCUAACACACCUAGCUUGUCAGCAAUAAAAGACGGCAAAAUUAAUAAAAUGCAUGUGCAAAUGGU